AUGACAGGCGGCCAGGCGUGGAUCGGCGCGGUUCCGCAGAAGUCUCUCAGCAUGCGGAUUGUGGAAGCUAAGUUUCGGAAACCUGGCACAAAGACAGAGGUACCUCUAUAUGGCAGAAACUCUGUAAGGCCAGAGCCAGAUGGGGUUCUCGGUGACUAUUUUGCAGAAGUCAUGCUUGACGGAUUUCUGUCAAGCUCAAGCACCCCAGUGGCGGACCAACAGGUGGAGAUCAUCUGUGGGGUUAUUGAGAUACCGGUUGACAAGCUGGAGCGAGGCAAGGAUAAUGAGGCAUGGUGGCCAAUUUUGGAUCAAAAUCAGGAGCAGGUUGGAGAGAUGCUAAUGAAAGUGCGACAUGACGAAGUCGUAGUACUCCUUGCCAAAGAUUAUCAACCUAUCUCGCAGCUUUUACAUAAUUUCAAUAGCGGGUUGACACUACAGAUAUCUCAAGUCAUACCCAAUAAUCUCAGACAGUUAUCGGAAAUACUGAUAAAUAUAUUUCAAGUCUCCGGUAACGGAUCUGAAUGGCUAAAGGCCUUAGUUGAGGAUGAAAUCGACGGUAUUGGAAAAGAAGCGCCAACUAAACGACUCAGAUACAGCAGGAGGAUCGGCUCCAACGAAGUGUCCUUCACAUCAUUUGAUCGGGAGCAAUCCGUUCGAGAUAUGGGAAAAAGUCUCAAUACCGAAGCGAACCUCUUGUUUCGAGGAAACUCUUUACUAACACAGGCCCUUGACUUUCACAUGAGACGAGUCGGGAAGGAAUAUUUGUCUGAAAUUCUAGGGGAUCAAAUUCGUACCAUCAACAAUAUUAAUCCUGAUUGCGAGGUCGACCCAUCUAGAAUUGACAAUGAUAACGCAUUCGAUAAAAACUGGGAGUCAUUAAUCGCUUUGACCACUGACGUCUGGAGGUCAAUCGCGGAUUCUGCAACUCGAUGUCCACCAGAACUGCGACAAAUCUUCAAAUACAUCCGCGCUGUUGCUGAGGAUAGAUAUGGAGACUUUCUUCGUACUGUCGCUUAUACUAGUGUCUCUGGGUUCAUAUUCUUACGUUUCUUUUGUCCAGCAAUUCUCAAUCCAAAAUUGUUUGGUCUACUUCCAGAUCACCCUCAACAGAAAGCUCAACGAACAUUCACAUUGAUAGCGAAGAGCUUACAGGCCUUAGCAAAUUUAUCAAGCUUUGGCCAAAAAGAGUCAUGGAUGGAACCCAUGAACAAAUUCCUUUACCAGCACCGUCAAGGUGUCAAGGAUUUUCUUGAUGCUAUUUGUGCUAUAGCCCCUGAUCGCACAAAUUUUGCGGUUCCUGCGUCGUAUUCUACACCCAUCACCAUCCUCGCAAGACUACCGCCCACUUCCAGAGAAGGAUUUCCCUCUUUACCAUAUUUAAUCGAUCAUGCAAGAAGCUUUGCCGACUUAGUCAAAUUAUGGUUAGAAGGAACACAGUCCGCGAGCCAAAGCCUCGAAGGAGAUCUCGCUGAGUUCAACGACCUCUGCAUAGCACUCAAGAAGCGCACCGACGAAUGCAUACUUAAAGCCGAAGAAUACGGUGAGCGUGUUGCUGAUCAAGUUUCUCUUCAAUUCGAAGAUAUCGUUGAAGGUCUCCAGUCAACUCACUUUCAAGAAUCUCCUCAAAUUCCUCCCGUCCCUCCCAUACAGUCUCACUUCCAACCAGAACCAGAACCCGAACAUCCUGUCCUCACUCCCCCUUGGCAGGAUUACUCCUUGAAUAAUAGCAACGCCACUAGCAUAAAUAACACCGUCCAAACACCUCUCCGCGCCCCCGGCUCUGCUGGCAGCGGCAGUGAAAAAACCGGUCCCACUUCUAGUAGCAAGGAAAAAGAAAAGAAAGAGAAACAGAACUUCUGGGAAGCGACGUUUGGGAAGGACUCAAAAAAUCAAAGACCUUUUGUACCACCAUUGGAUAAUAGCGUGCAACAGUUGGGCAUGCAAGCCACGAGUCCUCCUGGUGAUAAAAAGGUAUUGGCGGGAUUUGGACUUAAUAGACAGGAAAAACAAAGUCGGAGUUUUCUGGGGGGUUUAAGGAGGAAGGGGAAACCUGAACCGAAGAGUCAGGGAAGUGGAAGUAGUAAUGAUGGGGGUUAUAUAAUGGCGCCAACGAUUUCUGGAGGUCAGGGAAUGGGCAUUAGUCUUGAUACGGGAGGUGGAUAUGCGAGGGGCCCAGGGGGAGAUGGUUUAAGAGACGAGAUUGUUUCGCCCACGACGGGAGGUUGGGGACAUAUGCAACGGGAGGGCCGGGGAGAAGGCGGGAUGUUUUAG